GCCCCGCCCCUGCCUGCGCAGGGCCUAGAGUUGGAAGCGCGGGGCCGCGAGCCCCAGCCAAUGAGAGCCGGCGGGCCGGUUGCCCGGGCGACCAGCGCGCGGCCCCGCCCCCCGCGCUGGGCUCCCGCGCGCGGCUGAGUGCGGGCUGGAGUGGGAACGCUGGUCCCCGAGAGCAGAGAACAGGCGAUGACCACGUGGAGCCUCCGGCGGAGGCCGGGCCGCACGCUGGGCCUCCUGCUUUUGGUCAUCUUGAGCUUCCUGGUGCUCCGCAGGUUGGACUGGAGUACCCUGGUCCCUCUGUGGCUCCGCCAUCGGCACUUGGGGCUGCAGGCCAAGGGCUGGAACUUCAUGCUGGAGGACUCCACCUUCUGGAUCUUCGGGGGCUCCAUCCACUAUUUCCGUGUGCCCAAGGAGUACUGGAGGGACCGCUUGCUGAAGAUGAAGGCCUGUGGCUUGAACACCCUCACCACCUAUGUUCCGUGGAACCUGCAUGAGCCGGAAAGAGGCAAAUUUGACUUCUCUGGGAACCUGGACCUGGAGGCCUUCAUCCUGAUGGCCUCGGAGAUCGGGCUGUGGGUGAUUCUGCGUCCAGGCCCCUACAUCUGCAGUGAGAUUGACCUCGGCGGCUUGCCCAGCUGGCUACUCCAAGACCCUGGCAUGAGGCUGAGGACAACGUACAAGGGCUUCACUGAAGCAGUGGACCUUUAUUUUGAUCACCUGAUGUCCAGGGUGGUGCCACUCCAGUACAAGCGUGGGGGACCCAUCAUUGCUGUGCAAGUGGAGAAUGAAUAUGGUUCCUAUAACAAAGACCCUGCUUACAUGCCCUAUGUCAAGAAGGCGCUGGAGGACCGCGGCAUUGUGGAACUGCUCCUGACUUCAGACAACAAGGAUGGGCUGAGCAAGGGGAUCGUCCACGGAGUGCUGGCCACCAUCAACCUGCAGUCAACACACGAGCUGCAGCUACUGACUACCUUUCUCUUCAACGUCCAGGGGACUCAGCCCAAGAUGGUGAUGGAGUACUGGACGGGGUGGUUUGACUCGUGGGGAGGCCCUCACAAUAUCUUGGAUUCUUCUGAGGUUUUAAAAACAGUGUCUGCCAUCGUGGACGCCGGCUCCUCCAUCAACCUCUACAUGUUCCAUGGAGGCACCAACUUUGGCUUCAUGAAUGGAGCCAUGCACUUCCAUGACUACAAGUCAGAUGUCACCAGCUACGACUAUGACGCGGUGCUGACAGAAGCUGGAGAUUACACGGCCAAGUACAUGAAGCUUCGAGACUUCUUUGGCUCCAUCUCAGGCAUCCCUCUGCCUCCCCCACCUGACCUUACUCCCAAGAUGUCAUACGAGCCCAUAACGCCAGUCUUAUACCUGUCCCUGUGGGACGCCCUCAAGGGCAUGGGGGAGCCAAUCAAAUCGGAAAAGCCCAUCAAUAUGGAGAACCUGCCCGUCAAUGGGGGAAACGGACAGUCCUUUGGAUACAUACUCUAUGAGACCAACAUCGCUUCGUCCGGCAUCCUCAGCGGCCACGUGCGUGAUCGGGGACAGGUGUUUGUGAACACAGUAUCCAUAGGAUUCUUGGACUACAAGACAACCAAGAUCACUGUCCCCCUGAUCCAGGGUUACACCGUGCUGAGGAUCUUGGUGGAGAAUCGCGGGCGAGUCAACUACGGGGAGAAUAUUGAUGACCAGCGCAAAGGCUUAAUUGGAAAUCUCUAUCUGAAUGAUUCACCCCUGAAAAAAUUCAGAAUCUACAGCCUGGAUAUGAAGAAGAGCUUCUUUCAGAGGUUCGGCCCAGACAAAUGGAGUUCCCUCCCAGAAACACCCACCUUCCCUGCUUUCUUCUUGAGUAGCUUGUCCAUCAGCUCCACUCCUUGUGACACCUUUCUGAAGCUGGAGGGCUGGGAGAAGGGGGUUGUAUUCAUCAACGGCCAGAACCUUGGACGUUACUGGAACAUUGGACCCCAGAAGACGCUGUACCUCCCAGGUCCCUGGUUGAGCAGCGGAAUCAACCAGGUCAUCGUUUUUGAGGAGAUGAUGGCGGGCCCUGCCUUACAGUUCACGGAAACCCCCCACCUGGGCAGGAACCAGUACAUUAAGUGAGCAGCCGCGCCCCCUCCUGCUGGCGCCUGUGGGAGACUGCCGCCUCCUCCUGACUUGAAGCCUGGUGGCUGCUGCCUCACCCCUCCCCUGCAAAAGCGUCUCCUUCAGUAGCAAUCUCAGGGACUGGGCGCUGCAGUCUGCCCUGCCUCCGCUCCAAACCCUGAGCCUGCAGGGAAAGGUGGGGUGGCUCUGGGCCUGGCUGUGUUGAUGAUGCAUUUCUUACAGCCCUGCUCUUCUGCCAAGGCUGCCGGGCUGUCUCUGGGGUGGGAGCGGCUGAUCAGAUCGUCAAGCCUUUGGCCUCAGAAAAGGUGCUGAAACGUGCCCCUGCCCCGGAAAUCACAGCCCUCGAGUGUCUGCUGGAUUCAGGCGUGCUCUUUGCUGGUUCUUGGGAGGCUCGGCCACAUCCCUCACAGUUCCUUUUAUCCCCAAAACUGUGGGCGUGUCACCAGUGGAGAGGGUGGGGAGGGGGUGUCUCACCUGAGCUGACUUUGUUCUUCCUUCGCAACCUUCUGAGCCUUCUUUGGGAUUCUGGAAGGAACUCUGUGUGAGAAACAUGUGACUUCCCUUUUCCCUUCCCACUCGCUGCUUCCCACGGUGACAGGCUGGGCUGGAGAAACCAGUCCUCAGCCCUGCGUCUUCCUGUGUUAACGAGUGUCUCUGCUGCUCAUUGAGGAGGACGUGUGGGUCCCGGCAGAAGCCAUGGCCCCUAUCUGCACGUCCAGGGAGGAGGGACAGAAGGCCCAGCUCGGUGGCCCCUGCCCCGAAGCCCUCCUCCCAAGUGUGUCCACAUCUGCCUCUGAGCCUUGUUCUGGGGCUCAGCCCAACAGCUGGCAUGGGCUCUCUGUCCUGAGUUGCAGUAAAGCGGCAGUGUUGAAUCACACCCCCUCUGGUGACAGUGGUCACGUGUGCCACUCUUUGCAGAGGGGAAGGCUGUCUGUAAGAUGAGUUUUGUUUUCUCGGUCAGGUUCCUGCUGGGCCCCACUGCUGCCCAGGGGUCCAGACUUGGACCAUCUGUGGGGUGGGUGGGCCCUGAUCCUGGCCUCAUACUCUCCUCCUGACCCCACCUCCCCUUCAAAUGUUGCUGGAUUAGAAGUGUCCUGGAGAGGACAGGUCAAAUGCAAAUUCAUUCUCAUGCUGGCGGACAGGGGUAAGAAUCUGCCAGGCAGCCAGGGGCGCUAUAUAUGAGUUAACUGUGGGGCUGAGUUUUGCUUCACAAACUACAUCUGGCAUCUACUGCCAAAAGCAAAUAAUCUCCAGUAACAGUCAAAAAGUCAAGUAGCACACACAUCCCCGGCACAGUGAGAGCUCUGAGCCCCAUGAAGGUGGGCUGGGAAAUGGUGGGCGGUGGAGCUCACUAAGGCCAGCAGGCUUGCUGCCCGAGUAUGGCUGCCCAGGGGAAGGUGCAGGGGACAUUCAUGGUGUGCAGCCCCGCAGCUGAGCUGGGUCAAGGGCUUAUUAAAUGAAGCUCAUUAAAGGGAAGCUUGUGGACAGUGUCCUCGCUUUUGCCCAGACUCACCGGUUCUUCUGGAACUGCCUUGGAACGGCAAGCCUGGGGCUAAGGUGUGGGUGAGACCGGGGGUACUUGGGUGUGGCCUGAGCUGGGCGCAGGUCAUCUGCCGCACUUUACCUGAGUGUGUGCUUCUGCAAAGCUGUGUAUGAGCUGCGUUCUGUAGGAAAGUGAUGGAACUGGAAUGGAAAGGCAUCUUCCUGCAAAUCCUCCUGUAAAGUGCCUUUGGAUCACGCUUCCACGCAGACCUGAGCAGGACACACCGCUGUUUCCGAAGGUGAGGUCGUCUUGUGCCAGCGUCUUAUUCUUGCCCUUCUCUUCUGCCAGUUAACUCCCCAGCUUCUCUCUCAAAGUACCUCUUGGCAGAACAUACACCCCAUUGUUGACGAAAGAUUUGUCCAUAUAUUCCACAUGGUAUGGCCUCAUCUAAGUCUCUUUGGAGGAUCCUUCAUACCUCAGCCUCUGAAUGCUGGGGUUCUCUGGCUCACUCCUUGGACUGUUUCUUUCCUGUGUCCACAUUCACUGUGCAAGGUCUCACCUGACACCUGGAAGUAGGUUCAACACACACCCGCUGAUGCUGGCCUGCACCUGAGCUCUAGGCGUGUGGAAGGCUUUUCUGCACCUUUCUUCUGCAUGUAUCUAACAGGCACCUGACACAGAGCUCCAGUUCCCCACGUUACCCCUCCUGCACGCAGCCUCCUAUCCGGAAAUGGCAGCGGUGUUCCGUUUCACAGGCUAUUUUGGGUGUCUCUCUUUAUCUCCCACAUCCAAUCCAGAGGCAGAUCCUACCGGCUCUGCCUCCUAAACUCGGCUAGAAUUUGACCGCUUCUCUCUGGCCCAACCCCUGUGCCCCCCAUUCAGCCCACAGCAUCUUGGCCUGGAUGAUUGCAGGAGCCAUGCCUCCACCUGCCCUUGCCCUCUGUUUCUCCUCCGCGCAGGAGAAGGGCAGCUCUUCUGAGAGGUGGAUAGAUUGUUAGUCCGCUGUGCUGGACCCCCGAUUGCCUUCUGGUUUCACCUGAUGCCUGGGGACUCCCUGCUCUCAUGCCACCUCAUCCCUCACUGCUGUUUGCCCAGCAGCCCCUGCCCGGUCAGCUGAGCCCGAUGGUCUUUCUGUUGCUCUGGAAGCAGGCUGAGCAGCCUGUGUUCCACCUGGUGGAGAGUUCUUUCUCCUUGGACCCAGGGAGCUGCAUGUCAGGGUUUGCUGCUUUGCUCAGAUGUCACCUUAUCAGGGAGGCCUUUCUGGCCACCCUACAGAGCUCCGACCCUUCUCCACUGCUACCCUCUGUCUCCCCGACUCAGUAUCAUUCUCCAUACAACAGAUUGCAGCUGAAAUACCCCACAUUCACUAUCGCCCGUCUCCUCUCGUCAGUGGCUCAGUUCCGUGAAGACGGGGGCCAUCUUUUUCAUUGCUGUGUGCCGGCUCCUAGAAGCACGCCUGCUUGUAACAGACAUCUGAUAAAUACUUGUUGGGUAGCUAAAUUAACAAAUGAGAAUAAAAUAAGGCAGGGCUGAAGAGGAUUAGGACUGUUAAAAACUGUAUUUGACUUUUAAUUUCGAAAGCAAAUUAAAUACAGUGAAAUUAAAA